AUGUCGCCGCGUCCGCGUCGCCGCUCGGCGCGGUUGGCUACCUCGGCUGUCAAGCCCAGGGCCACUCCCGAGCUGUCUUCCUUGGCCGAGCGCGAUGAGACCCCCCCUCGCGACGAGCCUAAGGGCCGCGACACGCUUCUCUCGCCGACGCGUCCGGAGCUGAGCACACCAAUGUCCUCGGCACUCAAGCCUCCACACGACGAAAUGCACCCCAGCAAGAGAGAGGGGCCUCAGGCCGCCGCCUUGACCUCGACCCCCUCCAAGAUAGGCGGCAUUCUUUCCUCCCCGUUCACAUUUCGAUUCACCCGCGAGGCCGCCGACACGGCGCUCAGCAGCGAUGCGCGGCGCAUGAUGGAUCAAAUUCGAGGUCAAGCCGCCAAGAUCAAGGCCGACCUGAUUGCUCAGAAAGACGAGGGUGCUUCUCCCAAGACGAGCGGCCGUGUAAUUGCCAAGCUCAAGGGGAAAUGCGGACGCUUCAGUGCUGCUCACACGGCCGAGUUCAGCAAGAUGGACUCGAUUGAGGGACACGCGUCGGCCUGGAGAGCCCAGAAUGGACGGUUCACCCCGGCAAAGUCGAGCUUGAAGCGCUCUCCCUCCAAGGCAAACCUCGACGCCACGCCGCUAUCCCAAGGCUCCGCCAUCAAACCGACUCCCUCCAAGUCGCUUCUUGCCGAGAUGCCUGAUGGCGGUGCCAAGCUGCGCCUGAAACGAACCUCAUCUGUGGCAAACCUAGACUACCAUCAAACUCAGGAUGAGCACAAGGAACAUUCUCCGGCCACGAGCCCUGAGAAAUUCCUUGCUCUCGCACGGACUGGCCAGCAGUCUACCGUCAAGAGAUUGAAGCAGCGCUACGAGGACGAUAGUUCAAGCGCUCGUCCUGUGUCGCGCGACGGGAGCUCACUCCCUCGACCAGUGACUCGCAGUGACAAUCCAGGAUCCUUGUCCAGAUCGAAGUCAGGCCUGGCGCGCCUCAUGAGCCCUACUAAGUCCUCCAUGGCACACGCGGCAGGCCUCCAGGAUUCGACUAGCUCGAUAAUCAUGGCGUCCCCGAAGCCAAGCCAGCCCGGUAUCCCCAAGUCGGCAUCGGCGAUGAGUUUUGGCUCCCCGUCAAAGCCGGCAGACUUGAAGCGGCGUAUCAUCAGUCCCGGCCGAUUCCACAAAGUCAAGUCGAUCCUCCGCGGGCAAAAGAUUGACAUGGACGGCGCAAAGAGCGCCAUUCCUCAGCCCGCCGCUCUUGUCUCGCAGACUCCAGCACCGCCGCGGACCGACAAGGCCUUGCCGCCGCUUCCUCGGACAACCCCCCGACGCAAGUUUGCAAAGCGUGUGGAUUUCACGCCCGAGACUUCCAAGGCAGCCAUGGCGCAGAACUCGCCCUCCCCUCAGAAGCCGCACCGGUCUCCUCUGCAGGCGGUCGACGCCCAUCACUUUGCGGGGCUCGACGAGGUCUUGGCGAAGCCCAAUGACAGCCUCUAUCCCGAUCUCUCGCCCCUGAGGCGCCUCAUCGAGCCACGCUCCCGGGGAGAAAAGGCGUCCAGCCCAUCCAUGGCCGGUACAUUUACGUUCCGCAGUGAUCACACAAUCAAAUUCGAAGACGCGUCGGCAAAGGACUUCGGCGCUUCCCCUAGUCAGUCGGGCGUUCGCCAAGUCCGUGGCUCGAUGAUGCCCGCGACGAACAUGCCUGGCAGCUUCCCUCCUCCGCCGUCCCCCAGCUGCCAUCCGAACAAGGAGAAUGCGGCCCCGUCGCCAGCCAGAAUGCUGCGAGGCACGGCCCACGGGAUGCCCAACAAGAAGCGACACCGCGCCAGCUCGGACGAGGAGGACGCGGAGAACGAGGCGGCGGAGCGUGCGCUGAAGAAGCGCAAGAACGAGCAUGUGCCCGAGGGCCAGGCCUUGCUGGCACCCCGCCUGAUGGGCAAAACACCUGCGAGUGGUGUCAAGAAGGGCGGCAUCGGCCGGACUCCGAGCAAGACUCCGAGCCGCCUGCCUGGUCGGAUUCCCGGAUCGGUGAGCCCAAGCAAGAAGGGCUCUGUGCUUAGUGUGAGUCGUCUCAACAUGCUUGCGCGCCCGAAGAACCGAGGCUAG